UUCAUCUUGUUAUCAGUUGCAUGAAAGCUUACAUUACAUUUUUGGCGAUUUGUGGUUUGUUUGUACCUGAAUUAGGUACUUGAGGAUAAUUUUACAACCCACAACUUCUGAACAUUCUCAUUCGUACACCUCGGUUUGUUGUUCACCUCCAUCGUUACCGUACCAAAUUCUCGUCAAGUAAUAUGCGUUAAACGUUGAAGUAAUCGAGUACGUUUCGUUGAUCGAGUGGAAUUAUUUCGAUUUUUAAUCUAACGCUGGCAGCAGAUGAGCUUCUAAAGUAGAAACUUUACUAAAGUGUUGUAUUGAUAGCUGUAAAAACAAUGUCCCGUCAAACGACGAAACUGGAUACCAAGAAAGUGAAUGCGGAAUUAUUCACACUAACUUACGGAGCACUAGUAACCAGACUGUUGAAAGAUUACGAAAAUGUAGAUGACGUGAAUAAACAACUAGAACGAAUCGGAUAUAAUAUGGGAGUACGUUUAAUCGAAGAUUUCCUAGCACGUACAAACUCCGGCAGGUGUACAGAUUUUCGUGAAACAUCGGAAAAAAUUCAAUUGGCUUUCCGCACCUAUCUCGGAAUUUUCCCUCAAGUUAACAAUUGGAACGCGGCCGGAGAUGAAUUUUCCUUGAUUUUCGAUACCAAUCCGCUGACAGAAUUUGUAGAAUUGCCCGAUCAUUGUUUACAAUUAAAAUACAGUAACGUAAUGGUGGGCGUUUUGCGAGGAGCUUGCGAAAUGGUUCAAAUGGAGGUAAACAGUUGGUUUGUACAAGAUCAGUUGAAAGGUGAUAACAGUACGGAACUUCGAAUAAAGUUCAUCAAAAGAUUAGAAGACGCGAUACCGAUUGGAGAAGAUUGAUUUCCCUUACGUUACCUUAAUUUCAAUCUCACUACUUUACAGCAUCGUAGAACAUUAUCUGAAAUGAUGAAUUUAUCUCUAUGCGUUGGUUGGUGUAUGAUAUUGUACAGAAUACAGAUGUUCAUUUAUUGUAUUUUACAGGUAUACUAUUCAUCGAAUAUAACCUAUUCUAGGUUGAACGUAUUCCAUAUUCGUGUUUAGCAAUUUUUAUUUACUUAUAUUUUAUACAGUUUAAAUAUUAAAAGUUUUUAAUGGCGUUCUA